AAAUUUUCAUUGUGACCGAAAAUUUAUGUUGGGAAGAAAUUUGUCUGUUCUGAAGGACCAUUGAUCUCAAGCAUUUCUAUCAACGUUCAAUGGCAGCACUCCUUGGAUAGCUCACAAUUUCUUCAAAACUCGGAAAAUAAUUAUGGAAAACAAUAUCAACGAAAGUGGUUUAAAUAGCACCCCAAGCUUUCUUCUCAACCUUCUGCCUGUCAAAAUAGAGGAAGAGUACAUUAUAGCAGACAAUGUGGACACAGUAAAAAAUGGCAUCGAGAAAAAUUACUUUGUGUGUGAAGCGGUUGAUUUUGUCAGAGUGAAGGAUGAGUCUGCAUACGCUACUGUUAGUUCGAAGACUCCGAUUUGGAAAACUUGCUCACCACAAGGAGAAGGUGGAACCUUCGUUAAUACUAAAGAUGAGUAUCGUACCUCUGAUACUGACUCACCGUUCUCUGAAGUUGGUUUAGCUGAAGCUGAAAAAACUAAACCGUUCAAGUGUCCUGAAUGUGAUAAGCGCUUCAAACUAAAAGGCUAUUUAACCGUACAUCUAAGAGUCCAUACUGGUGAACGCCCUUAUAAAUGUAAGAUUUGUAAGAGUAGUUUUUCUCAGAGGUCCACCCUCAACAAUCACUAUCGACUCCAUUCCAAUAAGAGACCGUAUGCCUGCCCACAGUGUCCUGCUACAUUUAAACUCGCAACUUACCUAAAUAUCCAUUUGAAGAAUCAUCCACAGCAAAGAAAAUUUGCUCCCAGAGGAGGUAUUGCCAAUCCAGAUCCAGAUACAGAUGAUGAUGAGUCUACUGAUGAAACUUUUGAAUUCCUAAAUAAUGAUCUUAUGCCACCACAGGAACUAAGAUAAAGAGGAUAAAGGAAGCAGUUGAAAGAGUCAAAUGGAAGUGUUCGAAAGAAAUUGCAAACUUUAAUUUGAAGAAAAGAAGAUUCCCUUCUAUUUGCUCUUGAAAACUUUCUGUACUGCGUCUGUUGCAUUCUUUGUUCUGAACAGAGAGAAAGCACCAUGUUGUGUUCUGUCGUGAGCAGAUCAUGGCUUCUCAAUCUGUUCUGGUUUUAUCCACUGAUGGCCCUAGGUGGGACAGCAAUAAAUAGAGUAAAAACAGCAAUAAAUAAGGGAAUAAUGUCAACCAGGGUUCCUCAGCUUCUUAUGGUUAUUUUCAAAACUUGACCAGGCCUACCUGAAAAUUAAUUCUGUCUUUUAAAAUUAUAAUGUAUGCAAGAUUUGAGUUCAUUUGAGGCAUUUAAGUAAAAAGUAAAGCAAUUAUAUUUUUGAAAAUAUUUCAUUGCUUGAAAUUUUCUGGAAGAAACAUGCAUGAUAAGCUUUACUCAGUUUUUGUUCCAAUGUUUUUCAUGAAUUUUUUACAUUUUUCUUUGAAUUUUGUGUUUUUGUCAAAUUUACAAUUGUCUUUACUAUUACUGGAAGAAAAUUGAAUGAGAAUUCAUAAUGUUCAAAAUGAUUGCAAAUCUUGCUGUAACACAGUGGCCCAACCUCAAAUGUGCUGUUUUAUCUCCUUCAGCUGAUAUUCAUUCGUUUUACAGCUGAAAAUCAGCUUGCAUUGAUACAUGCAUUCUUCGUUAUUUCAACUAAAUAAAAAACCAUUACUGUGACCUUAGUCAUCAACGAUGGAAACCUAAUUUUAAUUCAUCCAGAACCACAAAUAUGGCUCAGAUUUUCGGAGUCACUAUUUAAACCUAAUGUUUAGAACCUUCCACGCAACAGAAAUUAUUUCAAGCAUUUUUAAUUUUUGACACACUUGAUAAAAAUGCCUUCUAAUGGGUACACUGAUUUAAAAGUACCUUCUUUUGAAAACUGAACAUCACAUUUUGAACUUAGUAGAAACAGCAAAAGGUUUCUCCUAGCAUUCUUUUUAUUUAAUCAAUCUAAAAUACAGGAAUGAAAGGUACUUCUUUCCAACUUAAAUUUCUGCUUGUAUAUGCUUAGUAAUGGACAUCUUCCCCUUCUUUUCUACACGCACCAUCAGAAGAAGAUGUCGCUCUUGUUUUAAGUUUCGGCAAACCUCUUGAUCUUUUAGCCUGUAUUUUGUAUGAAGCAAUUUUCAAGUUACAUUUUCUAAGUUAUCUUGAACUUUUUGGAAAAUUUCAUUUUGGUACUUGAUGUUGAUAUUUAGUGUAACAAUAGUCAAUCAUUUUUCUAUUUUUAGUCUCUCCACACUUCCUUGUAAGUUUUAAAUUUUCAAGAUGUGAUUUAAGAGGUCAGUGAAGCUCAGUUUACAUUUUCAGUAUAAAUUAUGGCUCUAAAAAAUUCAAAUGUUUCAAUAUUUACACAAUAUUUAUUUUAUAUGUUUCUUCCGUCUUUAUUCAUUUGAAUGAUUCUAGGAUUUCAAAACGGUCUUCUACUUGGUUUGUCUACUAAUGUAUCUAGUUUUAGGAAAUAUUUCUUCAUAACUUUUUUUUGAGACAUAGAAAUUAAGUAUUUUUAAAUUUUCAUUCAGUGUCAUCGAACAAUAAAAGUACUCAAAGACUGUU